UUGCAAAUGCUCUCUCUCUCUCACACCAAUCCGAUCCGAUCAUGCAGACGUUUGUAAACAAACCAUCUAUUCGUCACCUGCUUCGCGUGCAAAAACAAUGCGCCAUCGCAAGCAAAAAGUGCUAUGCGUAAUGCGUAAUUCUAGGUAGUGAAAUUAACAUCGAUCGAUGCUAAGAUCCAACAUGCACAGCUUUUCUUCCCAUAGAUGUAAACACCCUUAUUCUUGUGAAAAGUUGCAACAGUUUUACCGUAAAGUAGUAUAGGAAAACAGUAAUUUUUGCAACAAUGAAAAACAUGUAUAAAUAUUUCCUCGCAUAAUCAGAAUUUGAUCUUUUGAUGCAUCGUAACGCUGAUUGUACUUCAUCGCAAGGUUAUAAAUAGAGUGCGAUCUACACAUAACGGCGACUCGUUAAAUGUCAAAUCUUUUCCUUUUGCGAGAAUUUGAUCUAGCAACCAACGACGUGUUUUUUACGAAAUUUGUAAACGGCAGAACCUUGGUAUCAUAGUGAAUAACGCUUCGUACAUAUGUAAAACCCGGUCAUUCUGCGCCCAUAAACUUGGCCAGUGGUCAUUCGCUCGGUGAAAACGCUAUGCAGUCGGAAGAUUCAUCGAGUGCUUUCCCGGCGACCAAUCAGGCAGGGAAGAUCAUCUCCGUAUGCUGGAAUGCUGGAGCACUUGCUGCGGCUUACUACGAUAUCGAUCAACUAGAGCUGUAUGCAAUCCAGCAAGCAAUCGAACCAAGGCCCCAAUAUGCGCUACUUCGUGAGCUUGUCCGCCGAUAUCACCCGUUGCUAUACGUUAUCACUGGUCCCAACUGCUUCUUGGAAGAUUGCCGUGAGGUAUUGGGCGCUCCUAUUGCCCUUCCGAACCAGCCGGAAGCAUCGGAGUCGAUAGCCGCAAACAGAACAACGGCUAGUCAAUCCGCAAAUGUGAAGAUCGUUGAGUAUUGCACACAAACACAAACAGCUGCCAAAAGUCGUUUGCUAGCACUGAAACUUCCCGGCAUGCCGCCGGAUUCGGACGAAACCGAGUGCCGAACAUUUCUCGAGAGUAUGUUACCGUUUGAGCAAGAACUGCUCGUGUACAGUGUUGGCAAUUUGUUGCUGCUUUUGGACACCGCAGGCGACUCCGUAUCACCGGCGCAGCUGGUGACGAAGAUCAAUCUCAUCACGCCCAGUACGCAGCUCAUCAUCGAUGGGUUAACGUAUGAAGCGUUGCAGAUAUUUGACACUAGUCGACAUCCGUCCGGGUUCAAGUGUGGUACGGAUUCGCGUGGACUGUCCGUGUUCAGUUUGUUCAACAAGUGCUCCUCGAAGAAUGGGGAAGAAUGGCUUAGCCGGUUGAUGACGCAACCGAUACGAGACCGAACGGAGCUAGAACACCGCCUCAACACCGUACAGUGGUUACUUGAGAAUGUUCGCUAUGCGAAUCAGUUUGAUCAGUGUUUAAAACAUCUGUCCAAUGUAGGACUACUGUACCGAAAGAUCUUACAAGGUACCGCUCGCAACACCGAUUGGAAGAUGUUGAAGAAAAACCUCUACUAUAUGUACACACUCUGCAAACUUUGCGCCUUGACACUGCAGGAUACAAACAUUACGGGUACAGUUGUCCAGCAGCUCGGCCAAUACACGUGCAAUCCGGGAAACGCGCUCAAACACGUGCUUUACACGAUCGAUAAAUGUUUGGAUCUGGAGAAAGGAGAAGAGGAGAAUAAGGUGACUAUUCGUGCCGGACUAGAUCCUGCCGUUGAUCGUUUGCGUGAACAGUACGACGGAUUGCGACAAAUCGUGAUGGAAUCGUCCCGACUUGGACUGGAAAGUAUGCAACUCGACAUGGCGAACAUUUGCGUUACCUAUCUGCCAUCAUUCGGUUUCGUGAUCAGUACCCAGAUUGAUGAACAGUUGCAACGGUCGGGAAUCUACAAUAAUUCCUCGUUCGAUUUAGUAUUCCAGGCGGAAAAUACAGCGUACUUUCAGAUUAACUUAUGCAAGGAGUUGAAUGACGAAUUCGGUCAAAUGGUUGCAACAUUGAUUGAGCACGAGCUGGCAAUACAGAUGCGCCUGACGACCUUUGUGGGCACAAAGUUCCCGGAAGUGAUGGGUAUAUUUAAGCAGGCAGGCAAAUUGGACGCCCUGCUAUCAUUUGCGACCGUUGCAAAGAUGCAUCGCUAUGUGCGUCCAAUUAUAUGCGACGAGAAAGCGCUACAAGUGCAAGCCGGACGGCAUGUUGUACUGGAGCACCGUAGAUCGUACCGAUCGAACGAUACCGACGUAGGUGAAACCAACAGGCACCUGCUGAACGUGAUUGCCGCAGAUACGUCCGUGGGGAAAACCACUUACCUUAAAGAGUUGGCCAUCAUCUGCUAUCUGGCUCAUGUGGGUUCGUUCGUACCGGCUACGUACGCCAAAAUACCGAUUCUCGAUUCAAUCUACACACGGCUCGAUCAUCCCGAAUCGAUAUUCAGCGGUAGAUCUUCCUUCAUGUCGGAACUGUAUCAGAUGUCGAGUUUGCUGCAGAAUGCUACCGCCAAAUCGUUGGUUCUGAUUGAUGAGUUUGGCAAGGGCACUAACUAUCUCGAGGGGAAGUCACUACUGAUUGGCUCCAUAGAACAUUUGCUCAAGCGUGGUCCUAAUGCUCCCAUCACCUUCGUUACAACGAAGUUUACCGGAAUUGAACAGUUUUUACCGACCCAGCACCGGUACCUGACGGUGAAGGUACACCGCGAUAUUCGAAACCAUUCACGAAACGGUACAAGCAGUGAUACGCUGGACGUGACCUCGAUCGAUCCUAGCGAUCCAAACGAGCAACUUAAAACCACAUACCAGUUGGCGUUUCGUGCCGUUGCCUUUGCCGUAAUGAAACAUCAUCAAGCGAGUGGCAGAGCACCGGCAACGGAAAACAUUCGGCUGCUGAUGGAUGCCACUCCGAUCACGAGGGUACCGGAACGAUGUCUAGAAAUUUCGCAUCAACCGUCACGAGCAGCGCACGACACGGAAUCGAUGACGUUAUCCACGGUGGAGCCUAAUAGAAAUCUUAUCGAAAAACGGAACAUUUGAAUU